AUGCCGCGUAGCGCCCUCUUCGUUAUUGACAUUCAGCGCGAGCUCGCGCAUGACCCAAAGACCCGAAUUCCUCAUGCGGACCGGAUCUGCUCCGCCGGCGAGAAGAUCCUAGCAGCUGCUCGGAAUAUUGUCGACCAGUAUCGGACGGCUCAGAAACAGUCGCCCUCGAUUAUCGUCUUUGUCCAACACGAAGAGAAGCCAGAAGACGGCACCCUAGUGAGAGACACCGAGCCAUGGAGGCUGGUAUUCGAGCCACGGGAAGGCGUCCAAGAGGAAAGCCUUGUCGCGAAAACGACGCAAAACACAUUUGAGUCAAACCCUGACCUUGCGGACAAGCUGAAAGCCGACGACAUCACAGAGAUUGUCACAUUUGGCAUACAGAGUGAAUGCUGCGUUGUUUCCACCUCCAGAGGGGCUUUGGAAGCCGGCUUCAGGGUAACGGUAUUGCAAGGUGCCCACUCAACUUAUGAUACCGAGUCCAAGUCUGCUGUUGAGAUCGAGAAGGAUGUUGAGCAACAGCUGAGAGAGAAAGGCGCGGAUGUCAUUCCGUGGGAGGACGCGAUAGCCUCCUGGGAGCAGCGUCGCAUGAUCUCGAGCUAUUCAAUCUUUUCGGAAUUGUGA